CGUCUCAGCGGGGUUUGCCACGUGGCGAUGCAAGCCAUGUCAUCGCCACGUCAGGACUGAGUCGGUGUGGACUGUUUGGGCAACAAGACGAUCGAGCACGAAGAGGAGGGAGAAGCAGGGGAAGGAAGGAGGUUCAUGAAUUCUAGGACGUGGGCAUCAACAUUUUUUCUUUCCUCCCUUUUGAGAAGAUGAAUACCUAGUGAUUAUCCAAAAGUUGGGAGCGUGUAAUUGGUAGUCGAAUGAUAGCUGAUCACGUGGCGAAAUCAUGAUUGAUUGACACGUGGCAAUCAAUUCAAUUGCUUCGAUUGCUAGUAAGCCAAUCAAUCAAUAGUGAUUAGCACGUGUCAAUUAAUUAUGUAUCAAUCAAUCAUGAUUGGGCGGCAUGAGUAACUAAUGAUUAUCCGAUUGGUAGUAAGCCAUUCAAUCAAUCAAUCAAUCAAUCAAUCAAUCAAUCAAUCAAUUAAUAGUUCAUAUAAUGGUUUUGGUAGUUAAGUGCUAGGCAAUCAAUUCGGCAUCAGAUCAGACGCGAAGCGUUUGCUUAGCACAGUGUAUUGAGCGGUGGCUAUGAUUGAUUAGUACGUUAUUGAUUGGUUAUUGAUUGGUUAUUGAUUAUUGAUUGGUUAUUGAUUGGUUAUUGACACGUGGCGAUUGCUUGUGGUAAAUCCCAGCACACGCAAGCCAUGGAUAUGAUUGAUUACGAUUCAUUAGUACUUCAUUGAGGGAUUGAUUGGCACGUGGGGAGUUGCUCGCGCAGAGUUUGCGUGAUUGGUUAAGCAAAUGCGAGGCUAUCAAUUGGCGAUCAUUUUUUAUUGAUUGAUUGGUUGGUUGGUUGGUUGAUUGAUUGAUACGUGGCGAUUGCUGGUAGGGGGUUAAAUGCUCGCCAAUCAGUUUUCGUUUGGAAGUGGAAUGUCAGCCAAUCAAUUUGCGGAGAUUGGUUCGCCCAUCAAAGCAAUGGACACGUCCUCCCCUGUUUCCUCCUGUGCUAGCGAAAUCAAGACCAUCAAUCAAGGAGAUUACAUCUUGGGUGAUGAUGAUGGGGGUGGGAGUGUGGGAUAUCCAAUGAUGUUUACGCUAGAAGGGAUUGGCCGGCAGCUUCGCCAGAGAGCAGACGCGUUUCAGGUGCCUAUGAGGGCAAAGAAUGACGAAUAUAGAGAGCUAUUCCAUCUGCCACAGGACGAGACAUUGAUUGAAGACUUCAAUUGUGCUCUUCAGAAGAAGAUACUUCUGCAGGAGGAGGAGGAGAAGAUGGCUGCCAUCCUGCAGGAGAGGAAGGAGAAGGAGGCCAAGAAGAAGGCCUUGAAAGAGGAACAGGCGGCCAAACUAAAGAAGAUGGAAAAAGAGAUGGCCAGGGAGAAAGAGAGGUUGAAAAAGGAAGAAGAAGAGAAGCUGAAGGAGGUGGAUGAAGAAGAGGAAGGACCGCCACUGCAAAAGAGUGGGCAGCACAGCGGCAGCAGCAGUGAUGAGAUGGAGAAGAAGAUUUCGGAGUGGGUCGCCAACUUGUCCCUGGGUGAGGAGGAAGAGGUUGCUAUGUACAUCCCCAAGGAUGAGCAAGAAGCCGCCAUGAAGAAAUGGGAAGCAGAAGAAGAUGUUCUGACGCGGCCGGCGAUGGAGGAUGAACAGAGGAUGGCGUGGAAGCUCGCAGUGAUGAGGGAGAAGAAGAGAAGAGUGGAGGCGGCGAAUGCAACAAUGCAAGAACUAGCGGAGGCAUAUUUUCGCCUAGAGAAAGAUGGGAAGGUGGAGAAGGUCCUCCACUCCCUGACUCUCCUCGUAGAGGACAGCCUCCCGUUUGAUAUAGUACUGGGAAUGGAUUGGGGAGAGGCAGUCGGGGCAACGCUCCAUCUGAAGGAGCACGAGUGUAGACUCCCUAGUUCUGCAGGCGAGGCUAAGACUGCCCGCCUGUUUCAUGUGUCAGGAGUAGAGAAUUCCUUGGCAUAUUGCUGCCUUAGUGCCCUUGCGUUCGCCAGAUUGGUGAAGAAGGAGAAAUCAGAGGAACAGGUCUUUGUUGCCUAUGUUAGGCCCGUCACUGAGCCUACGGAAGAGAAGCCGAUGGACCCUGCGAUUGCCAAGCUGCUGGAGGAGUUUAAGGAUUUGACUGAGCCGCCGACAGGCACGGUGCCACGGCCCAUCCAGCACCGUAUCGAGAUAGAGCCUGGCAGUAGAACUCCUAAGGGUGCUGUGUAUAGGAUGUCCCCGCGGGAGUUAGAGGAGCUUCGCAAGCAAUUAGACGAGCUCCUCCAGAAGGGUUGGAUUAGGCCCAGUUCGUCUCCUUUCGGAGCGCCUGUUCUCUUUGUUCCUAAGAAAGAGGGAGAGCUGAGAAUGAAGUUCGUAAGGAACUUCUCCACCAUCGCUGCGCCCCUUCGCAGAUUGCUGAGAAAAGAGACAAUCUGGAAGUGGGACAAGGACUGCACGUCCGCCAUGAAGAAGCUAAAGCAGGCUUUGAUAGAGUAUCCGGUCCUUAAGGUCGCCGAUCCGUCCUUGCCUUUUGUYGUUACUACGGAUGCUAGCCAGUACGGCAUAGGGGCAGUGUUACAGCAAGACGAUGGCAAUGGCUAUAGACCCGUAGAGUUCAUGUCCGAUAGGAUGCCUUCAGAGAAGGUUGCGACAUCUACCUAUGAGAGGGAACUCUACGCUCUCAGGCAAGCAUUAGACCACUGGAAGCACUACUUGCUUGGGAGGCACUUCAAAGGGCACAUGUAUUUGUUUGAUCGUUUUGUUUGUUUCUACUCGAACAUCUUCGGUUAUGAAAAAAAGAAAGUAAUUCCAUUGAAGGAUGUGACGUGUGUGCGGAAGGCGAAGACCGCAGGUGUUUUCCCGAAUGCAAUCGAGAUUACGGCAUUAGGCAAACGGCAUUUCUUUGCUUCUUUCCUUUCUCGGGAUGAAGCGUAUCGGCUUAUUAUCAACGGAUGGGGCAUGCACAGUGGUUAUGCCAAGCUGUUUCUUGGUGGCGAUCAUCCUUCGUCAAAUCCGGCACAAUCCAGGGCUCCUUCUGAAGCCUCCGAAGAGAUGGGAACCGAAGGCAGCUCCAAUUGUCAAAGUCUGAGCUCUAUUGAUGGUCUGCCAGGGUUUAGAGAGGAUGGUGACCAAUCGGGGGUUCUGUCGAAGGAGAUGACUGUACAAGCAUCUCAUGCUCGACAUGAUUCGAUGGAUGCGUUGGAGAUGUUGCCAUUUGAAGGGGAACGCAGGUGUUCUCGAGAGAAUGAGGGAGGAGAAGGGUAUUGUGUUAGAGACGAUGAUGCAAUGGGCCUUGAUGAUAGAGGAAAUGCUGGGGACAUCCUUGUGUCAGCCUGUGCUGAGGACACCCGAAGAGCUUCCUGGAUUGUGGAGGAUCUUGAUCCCCCAGUUGUGACCGAAAGCCAUAAGAAGAUUGUGGAGGAGGAGUUCCCGAUCAGGGUAAAGGAUUUCUUUGAUUUGUUCUUUUCAGACGACAGUGUCGGGUUUCUGAAGAACUUCCACAAGAGUCGGGACGAUGAAGAUUUCCGAUGUAGCAGAUGGGCUAAGCAUCGACAGUUGGGUUUUGCUCGUGACAUAACGUUUAGGCAUCCAAUCAGACACCUUUUGGGGCCGAAGUCUACGUACUGCCAUCAAACACAACUUUUUCGCGUUUUCCGGCACGGGUAUUUGGUGAUCGAGAGCACACAGGUCAUGACAGACAUCCCAUACGGAGACUAUUUCCACAUCGAGGGACGAUGGGAUGUGGAAACCCUUGCUGGGGAGGGGGGAGAUCAUUGCUUUCUGCGGAUUUACAUCAAUGUUCCGUUCUCCAAGAGAACCUAUCUUAGGAGCAAGAUCGAGCAGGGUGCCAUCGACGAGUGUCGCGAAACGUAUAUGCAUUGGGUCCGUGAGGCUAAAGUUGCACUUGCAGAUGUUCAACCAACGCCACUUUCCGGCACACCCAGGCUUGGAUUUGGAGACCCCAAUGAGGAGGAGGUAGAUGGGUUGGGGGAUGCCUGCAGCCGGAGCAAGGAGCCUUCUGGACGGCGGUCUAUUCGUGCUUUGGACAAGGAGGCGGCAAGAGUCCUCUCCCGUGCUGCUGAUCAGGGAAUUCCCAAGGAAUAUGAGCAGGAUAUAAGGCGGAUGCUGAAGCUAGACCGAAGUGACAGCAAGAGCGAGUCGGUGUCCAGAUUGAACCGAGGCGGAGGGUCUUCAAGCGCGAGGCCGACCAGCAUGGGUGACCCGCCCGAUCCUCUGUCGAGGGAGCAGGUUAAGGCCUGUCAGACCGUUGGAUCGAGUAGUUUCUGCAGAGCCUUCACUGACACGAAAUGGGACAUCUCCUCUCUGGGAUGCAGUCCUGGCUCGUACAUUCUCUUUCUAUUGCAAACGGCUAAGAAGAAAUUGACAGCUCUCGACGAACAGAGGAAGGGCCAUUUGAAGACUGGACUUUGUGUCCUCGCGGUUCUUCUGAUUAUCACUCUCCAGCAUGGGAAAGAGCCUGCAUGGCAGAGUAGUAGUUCUGAAGUCCUUCCUUAUCCGACGGGAUCGUCAACGCCGACGGGUGGAACAGAGGACGGCCCUCUGAUGACAUCCUAUUGGGAGCAAAAAGUGCGGCUGCUGAAUGAAGAGAUCGCUGCAAUGGAGGAUAGACUUCAGGUGCUGACUCAAGAUUUGAACUUAGCGAAGCUUCAGUUUCAGGCCGAAGCCCGAAAAUUAGCAGGAACGUGCGCCCCAAAGGUGUCGUCGUGAUUUUCCUUCUCCGCUGCGGGCGGUGGUGUCACGAGUCGCUCUCCCUGCUGGCGGCUCGUUUAUCCGUCGCACAAUUAUCCUCACAUUCAUUGCCACCACAACAACCGAACUGACUUGUUUACGCGUUCAAGAAUUGCAUUUUUUUUUUUUUUUUUCCGGCUUGUUUCAGCACAUCUUUGGCUGUGCUGGGUGGAGUGCAACAACUGAUGUACAUAGUCGAUCGAAGGGCGCUUGUUGCAUUCAUAGCACACAACAGGUUAAGUGAUGGUUAAUCCUUGAGCUCUGUUGGGAAUAUUUCGUAGCCAUGUUUUCACCUAAGGCUUAACCAUGACUUAAUCUCUUCAGCUCACUUCUUUGCUGUUAUCACAUUGUUGUAUACAUAUACAGACAUAUACAAUUACAGGUAGCAUAACACAAGCACUGCAUGCAAUUUAGGUCAUGAAAACAGGAGUAGACUGCAGGCGUGCAUGCUGUCAAUUGUACAAAAAGGAGAGAGAGAGAGAGAGAGAGAGAGAGAGAGAGAGAGAGAGAGAGAGAGAGAGAGAGCAGGGAAAUGGGGAAUGCGGAGAGAAUGAAUGUAUGAGCUUGUUAGAGUUACAUUCAGUAUGAUUGGAGGAUCGAUGUGCUUAGUCGGUGAUUGUAAAUAUCGGUAGAUACUAGAUAGGGAUGGGAAAAGUGCCAUAGAGCACUAAUUUGCCACUAAAUCACUUUUGCAUGUAGCAGUUGACCAAGCAUGUCUCUGUGUCAUCAGUUUGUUUGAGUCUGUCAAUUCAGGUGAAGACGGUAACCUCUCUGUUGAAGGCCCUUCUUUUUAGAGAAUUUGAUCACCUGCUGUCAUGGAGACGAGGUUGUUUCGUGGAGGAUUAGCGCAGCUGCGGCGAUCAGGAGGCCGGGACCGGUCUGAGGAGGGAGAGGGAGGGGUUGGCAAUCAUUGCAGGUUGCUGUCGUGGAGAAUUGGUUGUUUUCGGGGACUUGUGCGGGUGCAGUGUGAGGUCGGCAGGCGAUGAUUGCUCUGUGGCGAGGGGAAGGUGGUGACAUUCAUUGCCGGUUGCUCUCGUGGAGAAGACGUGGUUUCUCGGAGGACUAGUGCAGCUGCAGUGUUCAGGUCGGCAGGGGUUGACGUUCGUUGCAGGUUGAGUUGGGCAUGCCCAAGUUUUACACUCGUGAGUUGUCAUCAUCAAUGCACUGGAGUGUUCUUGCCUGUCAAUUGAGAGUAUGCUUACAGUUGGACUUUCCUUGACGUAUCUGACCGCAAUUAUGCCCGGAGCUGAAUGUAUCUGACUGCACCUAUGUGCAGAGAACAGGACUAGAUGUAUCUGACCGCAAUUGCGGUCGUGUACCUUACUGCAAUUAUGUCCACAAAUCAAAUCAGUCGAAAAAAGUCCCAGUGUGAGUACCUCUUUUGUUGAAUGAAUCAUUUUCUACCAUUUGAACCAAGUCUUGUGACUUACUUUCUCCUGGCCACCGGAUAGACUUCACUUCAGAAAACGGACACUUUUUUGUAUGCAUCUGCAAGGAAGCAAGCAGUCAGCUGAAUCAGUUCUACUGGAGAUCGAUGACGGUUUGGACUGCGUGAUUUGCAGUCUGUCAUUUCUACCCCUGACGCGCCAGAUUCGACAUUGUCCUAGCUGAGCCGAAGAGGCAGUGACACAGGCUAUAAGCAUACAGCAAGUUCAUCUAUAUUUUCAACCGCUCGAGGCAAACGAACUUCCCGAGUCUGCAUUCUGCGGUCAGUUUGGCUGCCGAUUCAUGGCUAUUUCUUUGGCUGACCGUCAGGAUGUGAGGACAUCCUAGCCGCUUGGAGGAGGCGGGGGCACCUAUGUCCGUUCGAGUGCCGAUUCAUGGCCAUUUCUUCAGAUGACCCGCAGGAUGUGAGGACAUCCUAGCCGCUUGGAGGAGGCGGCGGCACCUAGGUCGAGCGGUCAGUGAGCUUGACUGUUUUCUCGAGUUCUUGUCAGGCGAAGGCAUGUCUAAUACACAAUUGCGUGCACAUGUAGAGGUGAAGACAUUUAUUUUCACCGUUUGGAUGCUGAGUUCUUAGAUUACCAAAAGCGCGCACGAGAUGACGCCCUAUUGGACCGAACGGCGUACAGGUGCGCAGAGGUGGAGACAUUUAUUUCCACAUUUGUAGACGAUACCUGAGGCGCAUCUGACAGAAUGGCGAAGACGUCAGAGGUGGUUAGUCAUCCCAUAACUCUGUCCACCAAAUUACACCAAUUCAUUUAAUUUCAUUGCCGUUCGUUGACUUAAGUUUUCAAACACCCUUACACCCUUACAGUUUUACACAGUUUGCCCGCUGACACACACUCACUGAGUUCAUCAAUUCGUUGGAUUCUGUCGUCAUUGAUUGCACACUGAGACAGUUGCACUUUUACUUCUCGCAUUUACACGCUUGCACACUUACACAAGCUUAAUGAGCUCAUUUAAUU